ACUGUGUGCAUAAAUCACAUUUUCGGUGUCGAAUAUAAUCCGUUUUUUUUUUCCUGGAAUUGUGAUGUGGUCUGUUCCUAAAUCCAUCAGUUCUCUUUAGUGUUUGCCAAUGUUGGAGGUGUAACUGGGGUCUGGCCCUGGACAAAGGUAUAGAGCAUGGCUCAAGUGAAAGUGCAGACCUCAACGCCCCUGGCUGGCCCUGGCUUCUCCCCCCUGUCUCCCCUCGGGGCCAUGCCCAGUCCAGGACCCUUGGGUCUACAGCCCUCAGUCAAUGGCCCUGGGCCCACCCCCGGCUGCCCCGCUCCCUCAGCCGGGUAUGGGCCCGACACCCCUGUGUCUGCCAACUCACCAGGCCCACCCCAGGAGAACAUGGCAAACCCUAAAGAGAAAACUCCCAUGUGUCUGGUGAAUGAGUUAGCCCGUUUCAACAGGAUCCAACCGCAGUACAAGCUGCUCAACGAGAGAGGCCCUGCACACGCUAAGAUCUUUACAGUGCAGCUGUGUCUGGAGGAGCAGGUGUGGGAGGCGGAGGGCACCAGCAUCAAGAAGGCUCAGCACUCCACCGCCUGCCUUGCCCUCACUGAGAGCCUUCUGCCCAGGCCCGCUCCUCGCUCUCCUACAAUGGACGUCAACAGCAACCCAGGUCAUUUAGAUGUAGUAUCACCUACGGUGGAGCUGAAUGGUCUGGCUAUGAAGAGAGGUGAGCCAGCCAUCUACCGUCCCCUGGACCCCAAGCCCAUGCCCAACUACAGAGCCAACUAUAACUUCAGAGGCAUGUUCAACCAAAGGUACCACUACCCAGUUCCAAAGAUCUUCUAUGUCCAGUUGUCUGUGGGCACUAAUGAGUUUAUUGGAGAGGGCCGGACUCGCCAGGCAGCCCGUCACAACGCCGCCAUGAAGGCCCUGCAAGCCCUCCGCAAUGAACCCAUACCUGAACGACCACCUCAGAGCCCUGAGGAGCAGAAGGAGCUGGAUGAGGGGAGUGAUGCCUCUAAGUCAGAAAUCAGUCUGGUUUACGAGAUAGCCCUCAAGAGGAACCUGUCUGUCUGCUUCGAGGUCUUGAAGGAAAGCGGCCCCCCUCACAUGAAGAGCUUCCUGACCCGUGUGUCCGUGGGGGAGUUCUCAGCAGAGGGCGAGGGGAACAGUAAGAAGCUGUCUAAGAAGAGGGCUGCUCUCUCCAUUCUCCAGGACCUCAAGAAACUCCCCUUCACCCCGUUAGUGGAGAAACCCAAACUACACUACAAGAAACGCCCCAAGACCAUCCUCAAGACAGGUCCUGAUUAUGGCCAGGGGAUGAACCCCAUCAGUAGACUGGCUCAGAUACAACAGGCCAAGAAGGAGAAGGAACCUGAAUACCUCUUGCUGUCUGAGAGAGGCAUGCCCCGACGCAGGGAGUUCAUCAUGCAGGUGAAGGUGUGUGGCGAGGUAGCCACGGGAACAGGGCCAAAUAAGAAGGUGGCGAAGCGGAAUGCUGCCGAGGCCAUGCUACUGCAGCUGGGAUACAAGGCCUCCACCUGCCCACAGAGCCCUACUGAGAUGGACGACAAAGGCUGGAACGGACAAAAAACGGCUUUUAACGAAACUACGACUAACACCCAGAAGGGUCUACUCCACCUCUCCCCGGACGUCUAUCAAGAGAUGGAGGCGAGCAGGAAACAGGGGGCCCCCGUUAACUACCUAACCCCCAAACUAUCUGAUCCCCUGGUCGUCCCUCUGUCCCCUGGACACACCCCCUACUACAGCCCCCCCGCGGUUGCCACGGCAGCCAUGGCGAGGGAGCUGUUGAUGAACGGGUCAGGAGAGGGGAGGUCUGGGGAGAACAUAGGACUGAAGGGGAAGAGCUCUGUCCAGCCCUCACAGCAACUAGAGUACCUGGCUCAAAUACAAGGCUUCCAGGUGCUGUACAGCGAUGGUCAGAAUGGUAGAGAGUUCAUGACCUACCUGACACUCUCACCUGUACAGAUGACUUUCCACGGCAUCGGGAGCUCCAUCGAAGCCAGCCACGACCAGGCUGCUCUAAGUGCCUUGAAACAGCUGUCGGAACAGGGACUGGACACGGUGGACUGCCCUAUCAAGAGCAGCGAGGUGUGUGUCAGAGAGGACGGACACUGAACAGACUAACUCAGGCACCACCCACCACUCAGGUCGCCGUGGAUACAACAGGCUGUCGUCAAGGAGAUGACCCCUGACUCUUUCCCCGUCACCUAUGACCCCUAUCCCCCCCACGACCGCCGCUGCAUCCUGGCAACAACCUGGAACAACAUGCAACGGAGUGUGUGGAUGUGUACCGAGAAGGAAAAAAAAUGAAAUAACCGACUAACUAGAAAAAGAUGGGGAAAAACCUAUGAGUCUCUAUGUGAAGACAACACUAUUCUAACACAUUACAUGUAUUGAUCAUUUACGAGGAAUUUAAAUUUAAAAAAUAAAUACAAAUAUAUAUAUAAUAAAUAAAAAACUAGAUUGAGUAUAAACACCUAGAUUUUCCCUGUUGGAUAGAUGUGUAAUGAUAUGGGUCAAAACCCCCGAAUAAAGUUGGGAUAGAUGUGUAAUGAUAUGGGUCAAAACCCAAUAUUAUAGGGGGGUGGGGAGGGGGGGAACAAAGUUGUGUAGCUUAUUUUCCAAGGGGUAAUUAUGUUUCUGUUUAUUCAUCUAACAAUGCUUGAGUACUGACUGUAUUAUAAAAUUAGCCAAUAGCAGUGCUGUGAAAGUUGUAGCAGUUGUCUUCUCAUACAGUAAUAUUCACCCGGCUUAUCUUUCAUGCUGAUAUUAAUAAAAACAAAAAAAACAAAAAAAUAAUAUAUUAUAUUACUUAAUCAUCUAUCUAUAUGGAUGUAAAUGACUUGCAGAAAAAGGUUUCUUCACGUGGACAAAAAGGCCAUCCUGACUGGUGUUUAGCAUUAAGAGAUAGAGAUAGCAGGCAGAGUGAGGGUCUAUUCAAUUGGAAGUCAGUCAACGGAAGGGGUUUGAAGGUAAAACGUCUUUUUUUUUAAAUGUAUAAAUAGCUCAUUUUCAAUUCAUUAAGAAAUCCAUGAAAAUGGAUGCCAUUUUGUUCAAUAAUUGAAUUGCAAUUUCAGUUUAUUUCCUGAAUUGACUGACCUCAAUUGGAAUUGAGCCCAACUCUGCUAUUAGGUGACUGGUUGGGCCAACCUCUCUGGGUCCUGCAGAGGGAAGCAGCAGAUUGGGCCAACCUCUCUGGGUCCUGCAGGGGGGCUAGGUUGGGCCAACCUCUCUGGGUCCUGCAGAGGGGCUAGGUUGGGCCAACCUCUCUGGGUCCUGCAGAGGGAUAUACUAUGAAGCAGGAUCAAGGAAUUAGCCAGACAGAAAUAAGAUAUUUUCUGAUUCAUUAAAAAAGCUCAACUUAUAUAUAUAUAUAUGAGUUGUUGGUUGUUGAAGCAAUCAAGACCAAUUAAGAAUGUUUCUGCAAGUUAGCUGGCAAACUCCUUGAUCCUAAUUUGUAGUAUACCCCCUUGGUCUGCCUGACCUCGUGUAAGGACACUUCACCACAGACAGCAUCACUAGAAUGGGUUCUUCUCACCAGAGAGGUAGAGGAGAGUUUGGCAGCCAUGUUGGUAAGGACCCAUAAAGCAUAAUACGCCACCCCUGUAAAGUGUAUAAUGUAACAAGCCCACUCGCCUACCAUAGAGGCUGCCUACCUUUCUAGAAUGCAUAGUAGCAGAGUAUUCUGGAAUGGACAAGGUGUUCUAGAAUACACCUAAUGGGUUCUAGAAAGGACACCAUGUUGUUGAUUAUAAUGAUGACGUGGCAUUUAGUGACUGAAAGUCUCUAAUAGACCAGUGAUUCUAUGUUCGUGGAUUUUUCCCCCUUCUCUUCCCUCCACAGUUAAGUCGAUUACAUCUACACCCAUUGUGUGUGUUAUAUUGGCCCGGCCACCAAGGCAUCAACUGGGAGCUUUUAAUCUGUGCAUUCUGAACCCUAUGAGCAAAAGAUGUUGAAAAGAAACUGAAAAUAUGUUUAAAAGAUGCUUAAAUACAUAUUUUAUAUUGAAAAGACGUCUUUUCGACAUCUUGUGCUCACUGGGAAUCAUCUCUGAAGUGGCGAAACCAUCCAGCCAUUAAUUAGCAGGGUUUCACCCAUUCAGAGAUCACUUGAAUCUAGGGUUGCGAAAUUCCGGUAACUCUCCCAAAAUUACCCGGUUUCCCAGAAAUCCUGGUAGUGAGACCAGGAAUUGUCCAACCAGGAUUUCUGGGAAAACACUGGGAUUUUUUUUUUUUUUUGUGGAAAAAUUAUCCUAAUUUUGCAACCCGACUUGGAGCGCUUGUUCACUGACAUGGAGGAUGUGGGAGGAGCAACGCGUUAUAAGUAAAGUUACCUCGGUUCCUGUU